AUAUCCACCAAACACACUUGAGAAAAUAAAUUCUCAUUGCAAAUCCUUGCUUGUCUCUCUCUCCCUCUUUGGUUAGUUACUCAUCUGCCUUCUUUUCUAAAAACAACACCUGAAAAAUUGCCUUAUCUCUUUAAAACAAUUGCCAAAAUCCAAACAUGUCGCAAGACAAAGCCAUAAUCUUUACUUCUCUCCAAACCAAACAGAAUCUCAAAGCCUCAAACUGUACUCUCAUUGAAGGCACCGACCACGGUCCGCUCUGGUGCAAGACCGCGCGUCUCACCUGUUGUACUACUACUCAUCGUCAUGGUCAUGGCAGUUUUGGUAAUUUUGCGUCUCUCUCGAUUGCAGAAAAGGGAGAUAACAAGAUUGAGUUGUUUGCGCCGAGCUCGGCUCAGCUCUUGAAACAUCCUCUGGCCAUAUUGAGUUAUGUGCCUAAAGACGCUGCCAUUUUCUUAGCCGGCGCUAUUGCUGGUGCUGCCGCGAAAUCUGUCACGGCCCCGCUCGACCGUGUCAAGCUACUUAUGCAGACUCAUGGAGUGAGGGCUGGACAAGAAAGUGCUAAGAAGGCAAUUGGUUUCAUUGAGGCCAUGGCAUUAAUAGGGAAAGAAGAAGGGAUAAAAGGAUUUUGGAAAGGAAACCUUCCUCAGGUGAUUCGGAUUAUACCUUAUAGUGCUGUCCAGCUCUUCGCUUACGAUACUUAUAAGAAACUGUUUACAGGAAAGGACGGUAAGCUCUCUGUUGUCGGAAGAUUAGCUGCAGGGGCUUGUGCAGGCAUGACAUCCACUUUUGUAACAUACCCUUUGGAUGUCCUGAGAUUACGGUUAGCAGUUGAACCAGGGUGUCGGACAAUGUCUGAGAUUGCCUUAAAUAUGUUACGGGAAGAAGGAGUUGCAUCCUUUUAUUAUGGUCUUGGGCCUUCUCUCAUUGGCAUCGCCCCAUAUAUUGCCGUGAACUUUUGCGUUUUUGACCUGGUUAAGAAGUCUUUGCCAGAGAAAUAUCGACAAACAGCUCAAGCAUCUCUCCUUACAGCUGUGGCAUCUGCUGCCUUUGCAACACUCACAUGCUAUCCUCUGGACACAAUUAGAAGACAAAUGCAAAUGAGGGGAACACCAUAUAAUUCAGUUUUGGAUGCCUUUCCAGGAAUCAUUGAACGUGAUGGAAUUAUUGGCUUGUAUAGGGGCUUUUUGCCAAAUGCACUAAAGAACCUACCAAAUAGCAGCAUUAGGCUGACCACCUUUGACAUGGUGAAACGUCUAAUUGCAGCAAGCGAGAAAGAAUUUCAGAAAAUUAUGGAGGACAACCGCGAGAAACAAGGGCAGAAUGCCAAUAUUUGAACAAUUCUGACUAUUGUUUUUGACCAUUAUCUGCUGCCCCAUAUUCCUUGUGGGCGUCAUAUUCCACUAGCAUAGAUGUGUGUAGGAAUUAUGCUCUGAUUAGUCAUAUUAUAUAUGGGAGAAUCUACAGCUGCCAGUGGAUAUUUUUCCGCGGGCUAUUCUUUUUGUAAAACAAUCAUUUUUGCUAAGUCAGGCUAUGUUUCCUUUUCA